AUUCAUUUUGGCAAUUUGACAGUUAUAUUUUCAUUAUAUGUUUGUAAAAAAUUAAAUAACAUACAAUUUCAAUAAAAUCUUUCUUUAUUAAUACUAUAAUUUAAAAUAAUUUAUUGUCGUAAUAAUUGUGCAUUUAUUUAUAAAAUAUUUUAUAUUAAAGUGAUUUGAUUAAAUAUGAUUUGGUUACUUUUUAAAAACUGCAGUAAAAACAAAAAAAGUAAGACGAUAAAAUCUGAUGAAAAUUAUCUACAGGUAAAUAAUUCAAAAUCAAUUAUCCAAGAACUUCUACCCAAAUUGGAUAUUUUUAACGAUUUGGACACAUCUAAUGACAACAUAUUUGUUACGGACAAACACUUUGCAUAUCUUUCGAUUUCUGAUCCGUACAAUGAAUUUAAAAAUUGUACUCCAGAAAAAACUGAGGCUGAAAAAUCAGUAGUUAUUGAAAAUGACAUUGAAGUAAUAAAAGAGAUUGAUGAUUUAGAAGCUAAUAUAGAAGACGCUAUGGUUAUUAAUAAUAGAUUUAGUAAAGUUUCGGAAAAACAUUUAAAAUCGUUACAAUGUCCAUUUACUUGGGAUUUUGAACCUGAAGUGUGGAAAAAAAAUGUUGCUAAUCGAAUUGAGAAAAAUUAUGGCAAAUACAAUACGAAUAUUUCUUCAGUCAGAUUUUCAUUUGAAAAGUACAUAAGCAACCUUUUAAUCAGUUGUGGGCUAUUUAAAAUGAAUAAAGUAGACAGAGCACACGAUAAGUUAAUAAACAUUUGGGAAUGGCUAGAUAAAUUAGAUGAUAAAAACGAACCUACUUAUUUGGCUAUUAGAGAUGGAUUGAAACAUAUCGUUAUGUCUACAUUGUGUCAUGUAUUAUUCAAUAUGAAUAGAGUGCAAUGUCAACAGUUAUUUGAAAUGAUAACAAGAUUUAACAAUUUAGAUUCAAAGUCAAGAGCUGCAAUUAAUGCUAUACGUACAGCCGUUUGUAUAGAUAUAGGUGGUCAAUCAUUGCAAAAUGUAGUUCAGUAUGCGAAAACAGCGUGUGAAUUAGAUCCAGACACAAUGCAGUGGAAUUAUUUUCUUUCCAUAGCCAUGACUGCUCAAAGGCAAUAUCUGAAUACCAAUAUAUCAUGCCCUACUAAUGAAGAGUUUGACUCUAUACAGCAAGCAAUUAUUUUAUCAAAUGAACCAAAUCCAUAUUUUAACUUCCACAGAAUGCAUUUAAUGACGAAUAAAAUACUCUAUCAUUAUCAUAUUGAUGAUAAUAGAAGGAAAAGUAUUAGAAAUGAAAAUAAAUUGGAAAAAAUUAAAAAAGACUUUCUCAAUAUAAAAGAAUUAAUCAAGGAAAUUGUGAGCACAGAACCGGAGGAUCCUCAUUUAGUUGUUAAAUGUGCAAAAUCUCUAAUGACUUUACCAUAUUUAACUGAAGACGACAUUUUUCUUAGUAAACAAAUUAUAUCUAUAGCAGUAAAUAUGGCUUUUCACGAUUUUACGGUAAUUAGAAAGAUUCAAAAAAGCAUCGAAAUCUUCAGAGAAUUAGUCUAUACAUACAAAGAAAUGAAUGAAAAAGAAAGUAAUUUGAAAACUACGAAUAUUCAAAAUCAAGUAAAAGACUCAGAUGAUGACUUAGAAAAUGACUUAAUACUUAUCCUAGAAAAAUACGAGAAAGGGAGUAACCCGAUACUGGAUUUAAUUAAUCUAUUUGAAAAAUAUGAUGGAAUAAAUCGCUGGAAAAUAAUGGCACAAAUUUGUUCUUAUUCCUUGCUUUUCAAAGAAUCGUCAAAUCUUCUAGUUGGCGUGGAACAAUUCAUGAUGUUAAUCAAAAACAAAAACAUUGCUGAUAGCGAUAUUAUCAAGGAACAUAAAUCAAUAUUUAUAAAAGAUCAUUCUAAGGUAUUCAACCUUGCUGAAUUAGUAUGUAAUGAAAUUAAAUUGGCUAUUACUUUUGGUCAAAUCAAAAAUUCAGAUCAAAUUCAAUUAUUCUUGGAUCAAUUAACAAAAAUUAUGGAUGUGUGUCAACUUAAAUCUAAAAAAGUCAACCCCAAUUUCAUACUUGAAAUUAUUGGGUGUAACAAGAAAGAAAAUCGAGAUAAUAUUUUCAAACAAAUCGAUGCAGAUAACCAACAAAAUGACUUGCAGAUUACCAAACAGAUUGUUUCAAAAAAUUCUACUAAACAACGUCGGAUAAAACACACUUCAAAUAAUCAUCAUACACGAGCACCUAAAUCUAAACCAAGAAGGAGGCAUCAUCGUUAUGAAUAAUUACUGAUUGAGAAUUACUUAAGUGAUUAAUCAGAAUAUUUAUAAAUAAUUUACUCAUAUUAUAUUAUUAUAGCCUAGCAAGAGUGUCGAACCUUUUGAACAACACGUGCCAUUUAGAGAGCGCCAUGAAAAAUAUUAUAUUGUAUAAUAUUGAAUGUUAUAUUCAAUAUUAUAAAAUUUUUUUUUAAAUAUGUUUACCUAUUACCUAUAAUAUUAUAUAAUAUAUUAUAGUAAAAAUCUUCGCGUGCCAUAGAUUUGCCAUCCCUGGCCUAUAGGCUAUAGGUAACAACUUUAUUCAGUAGUUUUAAUUUUUUUAAACAUAUAAACAUAUUAAAUUUAAAAAUAAUUUAUUUCCGAUUUAAUGUAGAAAUAUAAUGUCCAUCGUGUAAUAGGUAGAUAGAAAUCAGUAAAUAAGUAAAAUACUACAAAAUUACUUUUACAAUUCUAUAUGACAUUAUUUGAAACCCAUAUUAUAGGUUUAGCUAUUAUGAUAGCAUUUGUAAAAAAAGGACAUAAUUUGCAAAAAAAGCUUAAAAAAAAUCCAAUAUGUGAUCUUUAUUUAUAGGUUAAUUAAAUUUUUUUUUUUUACUUACAAAAGAAUUAAUUAUACAAAGUUGGUACCUACCUAUUUAAUAAGCUUAUGGUUAUUAAUUGAACAAUUGUAAUUAUAUUAGUACCUAAUUUAUUUGCAGAUUAUUUAUAAUAUUAUACUUCUUUAAACGUUAUUCGACAAUAAUGUGAUAUUUUAAUACAAAAAAAUUGUUAUUCCGUAUUCGUUAUUAUUGAGAC